CCCACGCACACAGCGACACACAGCGACGCCCCAACCUUAUCGGGGACUGUGGCGCCGUCUUUGUGGUCCCUAAUGGCGUCUAAGGAAUCCCUCGGGACGUCCUUGUCCUUGUUUUGCUGAUUUCUUGGUACAGUACGCACUUCACUUCCCUGUGUGUGUUGGCGCCGCCAGAUAUUCGGUGUUCGGCGUGUCAUUGUGGCCAGUGUGGCUGAAAUAUCCGUCUUUCCGGUGAAGUGGAUCGUUUGUGGUGCUGUGUUGGUUUUGCUCGCGGCUUUCCGAUGAGAGCCGCCCGUCACGUGGUGCUCGGAGGCCGUCAUGUAAGAGGCUGUUCUUGUCUCUUGCUUGCUAUAAAAGCCUCCUCUUUGGGUCCUUUCUCACAGCUUCGUCAAAAGGCCCCUUGGCAUAUGUGGGCUGGUGCUGUGCCCCCUCCUCUCCCUACAAGCACUUCAGCAAUUUUUUAUGAACUCUCAUUUUUGUGAGUCGCCUGUCGUGUGACAGUGACUCGUUGCCAACCCUCACGGUCCGUUGGUAACGCCUUCACCCUCGCACCCACACUGCACCCACACCGCACCCACGUGCCUCGCGCCACGGCCAUCAGGCACGCAUCAAGUACCCUCGCAAGCCAUCCACCGCACCCCGCGGCCCGCCACUCCCACGCACGUGCCUCAUCUCAGUUUAAAGGAAGGCCAGUCCCCCGAGGGUGGGGUUAUGAUGAGGCAGCGGGCCUAGAGGAUGGGCUGUAGGAGACGUCGUGAGAGGCAAGGGACGCGAGGCUUCGGGCAGCGUCAUGUGGCCCCGCUGGAAGAUUCGGGAGUACUCGCUGCUGCAGUACCUGCGUGAGUGUGUGUGGGGCCUGGAAAGGGUCGAGUCCCGCAUCAACAUGCUGCGUCACGCCUGGUCCACGCCCUGCUUCUCCUUGGAGCAGGAAGAGGUGGAGGGCGCCAAUCCCCGAGGCGCCGCGGGGCCACGAAGCUGCCUGGUGCCGGACAGCGAGGACGACGAUUCGCCACCUGUGUGCCUACGCUACGCCCGCGCCAAGCGCCUCAGCUGCAUCCCCUCCAUGGACGGCGAUGAUGGAGACGAGGACGACGAAGACGUCGACGACGACGAUGAUGAUGAUGAAGAAGAGGAAGAGGAAGACCAUGAAGAUGAUGAAAAUGAUAAUGACGACGCCCCAUCGUACACCACACUGAGCGAGGACACUCAGGAGGCGAACCAGUCAGAUGAGAAAUCCAUCGAGGAGCCCGCCACGCCCCCGCCAGCUGUGACAGUCACGCCCGCAAUGUCCCCUGUGGGCAGCCCAGGGAGCGCCGCGUGGCUCGGGCCCGUCAAGAGCAGCCUCAGUUUCCUGCCGCCGCGGCCACGGACGACUCAGUACGUGACUCGAAAGAUCUCCCUGCCCAUCCCGGUGCGCAUCCCCGAGGGCAGCGUGGCCAACCACCACUCCCGCUACUGCCUGCCCAUGCCCAGCUACCUGCAGCGACAUUUCGGCUCGCCCCUGCACCGUCAGCUGGAGUAUGGGUCGGGCGGGCUGGGUACGCCUCUGUCCCCCACCGUCCGUCGCUCCGUGGAUGAGAGCUCCCUAUGGCGGCGGCGGACGGGUGCCUAUGCCAGCGCGCCCUUCCGCCAGGCAUCCACAGACGAGAUUAGGCGAAGGAGGGAGAGUCUGGCCGCCAUGUCGCCACAUCACCGCUCCACCAGCGCCAUCCACCAUCCCUCAGGUGGAAGUGAGAGCUCUAACCUGCAGCGGAUGAGAAAUUCGCUGCUCGGCCAGUCUGCUCCCUCGCUCUCCAAUUCGCUGAAGGAGCUGAGUUUGGUGCGGCGGGGCAACAGGGUCCCAGGACAGAGGAAGAGCUUCAUCGCCACCACCUCCCCGACCCUCCCACGAUGCCAUUCACCCCUCAGCCAGAGCAGCCCCAUGGAGUCCCCCAGAAAUAUGUCCCCACUCCAGCACUUUGCAUUUGCACCAGUGAAGAGCCGCGACGGUCGAAGGUGGUCGGUGGCGUCCCUCCCGUCCUCAGGUUAUGGCACCACCCCAGGCUCCUCCAAUGUGUCGUCCCAAUGUUCAAGUCAGGAGAGGUUGCACCAGAUAGGGGGUCAAGGGGCGAGUGGGGGCACAGGGCAGCCAGCAGGGGCUCCCAACUUCAACAUUGGUUCCCCGGCGGUUGACGAGGUCCGCCAGACUCACUCGCGUCACUUCUCCUCUGGUGAAAGCAACCCUUCCAUAGACGAGGAUGGUCGGCGGUCGCCCAUGAACAGGCCUCGCUCACGCUCCCUCAGUCUGGCCUGGCUGUGCAUCUCCACACUUGAUAGUCCAAUACGCUCCCCUGUGGUGGACAAUGAGAUCAUCAUGAUGAACACCCUCUACAAGGAACGCUUCCCCAAGGCAACGCAGCAAAUGGAGGAGAGACUAAACACCUUCAUUGAGGACAACCGAACCAUAGAAGUGCAGGGAAGCCCCGACAUAGCCCAGGACGGAGUGGCCAUCGCCCGCUUUGUCCACCACCAGGUCAUCGAGAUGGCUAAGGACUGUCUGCAGAAGUCUCAGGAAAAGCUAAUCACCAGCAGAUAUUUCUACGAACUUUCAGAAAACUUGGAGAAGCUGCUUUGUGAGACGAAAGACAAGUCACCGGACGCUGCUGCUCACCUCACGUCCCUCAUCAAGAAGCUGCUGCUCAUCGUGUCCCGGCCGGCGCGCCUCCUGGAGUGCCUGGAGUUUGACCCAGAGGAGUUCUACCACUUGCUGGAGCAGGCAGAGGGUCAGGCCAGGACCAACCAAGGCAUCAAGACAGACAUCCCUCAGUACAUCAUCACCAAACUCGGCCUCAACAGGGACCCCUUGGCUGAGCUGAGUGAUGACCUGGCAGCUGAUGGCGAUGCAGAGGACAGCACUGGCAGUGGAACAAGUGCUAGUGGUGCCAACUCCCGCAAGACCUCCAACUCUGAGUACUCCCCGGGCCAGUCUUCCACUCACUCCUCCAGCCCGCCCUCCAAGUCCUCACCCAAGGAGGAGGAGUACGAGAAUGUCAAGUUGAUAUCCAAUGGAGCAUAUGGAGCCGUCUACCUCGUCCGCCAUAAGAUCAGCAAGGAACGUUUCGCCAUGAAGAAGAUCAGCAAGCACAAUCUCAUGCUGCGUAAUCAGGUGGAACAGGUGUUUAACGAGCGGGACAUCAUGAGCUUCACAGACAAUCCCUUCGUUGUGUCCAUGAUCUGCAGCUUUGAGACCAAGAAACAUUUGUGUCUAGUGAUGGAGUAUGUGGAGGGUGGAGACUGUGCCACACUGCUCAAAAACAUGGGUCCCCUUCCACCUGACAUGGCAAGAUUCUACUUUGCUGAGACUGUGCUAGCAGUUGAAUAUUUACACAGUUAUGGCAUUGUUCACCGAGACCUCAAGCCAGACAACCUCCUGAUCACUGCCCUUGGCCACAUCAAGCUGACAGACUUUGGCCUCAGCAAGAUGGGUCUCAUGUCCUUGGCCACCAACUUGUAUGAAGGUUACAUUGACAAAGAGACGAGGCAGUUUUCAGACAAGCAGGUGUUUGGCACGCCAGAGUACAUUGCUCCUGAGGUCAUUUUGAGGCAAGGGUAUGGGAAGCCAGUGGAUUGGUGGGCGAUGGGUGUUAUCCUGUAUGAGUUCUUGAUUGGCUGUGUUCCCUUCUUUGGGGAGACACAGGAACUGUUUGCCCACACAGUGAAUGACGACAUAGAGUGGCCCAAUGAAGAGGAGUGGCCUGUGCAAGAGGACGCCAAGGACCUGAUCUCAGCGCUGCUCCACCACUCACCACUGGAUCGCCUAGGGACUGUAGGAGGUGCCAUGGAGGUGAAGGAACACGUCUUCUUCAUCCCUAUUGACUGGGACUCCCUCUUGAGGCAGAAGGCUGAGUUUGUGCCCCAGCUAGAUAACGAGGAGGACACAAGCUAUUUUGAUACUCGGUUAGAUCGGUACAACCACGAGUUGGAGGAAGACAGUGAGGAAGGAGGAGAGGGCGGAGCGUUCCCUUCCUUCUCCUCAUACUCUCCAAGGUACCACAAGAUCACCUCAUCACAUUCUGCUGAUGUGCCUCAGCUAGACACCAGUUUCCAGACGGAGGCUUCGAGUGAAGGAGGACAGGACAAUGCUGACCCUCGAGAUUCUGUGUCUCGCGGGGACUCUGGACACAGCGACCAAUCAGAGUCCUCGCGGUCCACCCUGGAGUCCUCCACGAACACUCCCGAGACAGAGAGCCAGGACAUCCCAGCGACCCCCGAUGUGACUGGUGGUAAGCUAGAGGGAGGGCCAGUGUGUCAGAGCACCCCAGAGUCCUCACAGACUGAGAGCGAGGAUGUGUCACCCCAAGUCCAGAGAAGAAGACGGCUACACUCUCACUCUAGAGAUUCUCUGCCAAGAUUCUCCAUAUCUGGAGAAGAAGACUGGCUAAGCAUGGAGGGCGGAAGCCUGCGGGAGUUGUCGCCGGUGGACGAGCGGCCGGGAGCCUCAGAAAGAUUGUCCAUGCCGAAAUUCAACGUGCCCUCAUCGCCAGCUUUCAAACAGAGGACGAGGCAGGUGAUCAAGAGUGCCUCCGCCUCAGGCCUCUCCCUCAUGAUCCCCACAGACGAAUGCUCUCCACAGCCGAUCCAGUCUCCAGGUGGCUCCAGCACAGCCUCUUCUAGGGAUGCCUCACCUUCUAGAGAGAUAUCUCCACUUGUCAACUCCCUAAAGCCUCCCACUAUCAUCCGCCGAGGUCCGCAGGGCUUCGGCUUCACUAUCCGAGCCAUCAGGGUCUACUUCGGGGACUCUGACUACUACACAGUGCAUCACCUGGUCAUGGAUGUGGACCAGAGGAGUCCAGCAUUUGAGGCCGGCCUGCGUCCCGGGGAACUCAUCACCCACAUCAACGGGGAGCCCAUCCAGGGAAUGUUCCACACCCAGGUCGUCACGCUGCUCAUGAGUUCCACCGACCACGUGUCCCUUCGCUCAAUGCCGCUGGACCAGACCUCCAUCAGGGCAGGUGGGCGGAAGAGACACCCAGGCGCGUCCAAGCUGGCCAAGCGUUUACCAGCAGCCAAACCACGCCGCUCCAAGAAGGAGUCGGAGAAGAGACGGAAAACUUCACUAUUCCGGAGGGUGUCCAACAAGAGAGUCUCCGCGGAAUAUCAGCAGCUGAGUACUCCUCAGUCGGCUCCUGUUUUAUCUCCUGAUUUUGUGCCUCAGUUCUCAGCUACUUUGCUUGCCGCCUCAGGGUCACCCCCUAUGCUGACACCCAGCCGGAGCUUCCAGUCCCUCAACCGCUCCGUCUCCUCCCAGGACAGCAUCCCCAGCUCCCCCACGCGCUGCAAGUCGCCCCACUCGCCCCCUACCGCCCGCCUCUUCUCCCCCUCAGUGGAGCAGGUCCAAUCGCCCCUCAACUCCUCCGGCUCCUCCUCCCCCACGUCCUCGGUGCCGAACUCCCCUGCCGGCUCAUCCACCCUCCACCAGAGGCCAUCAUCCCUCCACGUCAACCACAAGGUGGCCAAUGUCAAUUGUUUCCGUUCUCCAAACAGGCGGAAGUCAGUGGGUCAUAUCCCUCUCUCCCCCCUGGCCCGCACCCCUUCCCCCUCACCCCUACCAGCCUCCCCUACCCGAUCCCCUUCACCCUUGGUCCACCACCACCAUCACCAUCAUCAUCACCACCACCACCACUGUCCUGGAUCCUCCAACACCACCCAGACCUACUCCCCUGGCUCUUCACUCACCCCUGGGCCGGCCUCCAAGAAGUGUCUUGGUCGGCCCAAGAGUGCCGAGCCUGGGUCUCCACUGCUGCGUCGCGCCCUGUCCCCAGACCGCCUUCACCCACGGUCUGCUGAGGCAAAGGGCACAGCCACCAUCAGCCCCCUGGCCACUCCCUCACCACCUAAGCUGACCAACAAUCCCCCAAGACUCACCAUCACCAGCCAGUCACCGCCCAACUACGAGACGCCCAGCGUGCUACGGUCCAGCGGCCUGUCCCAGCGGUACAGUGGUGCCGUCAGCCUCCCACCGGCACUGUCCACCAGCCCUCUGGAGGAGGCUCCUGAGGAACUGGAUUCACCUGAAAGACAAGAAGCAUCACGGACAAGUUUUUGUGAGAGCCCCCAGAGCGGGCGAGGACAAGCCCCCGCAGGGACCAGCACCGAGGCCACUCCUGGGCCUGGCAAGGAGGGCCGCCCCACAGGCUCAGCUCAGGGUGGUGGGCAGCACUGCUGCACCACAGACAAGAGACCCAACAAAGAGCACACAGAAGGAAAGGAGAAGGGCCGGAGCGACAGCCGUGGCCGCAGGGACACAAGGGACCUGCGGCGGGAGGACAGCAAGCGCGAGUCUCGGCGCACUGCUCAGGAAAAGAGGGAGUUGUUCAAGGCCGGCAAGGAGAAGGAGGGCACCUCCUAGGGUUGGCCCUCCGCUGGCCCCCCUGCACCCACAAGUGGCACCAAUGCGUGCCUCCAACACUUGUGUGUCUUCUGGGUGGGGCCGCGGCCAUCCCCCUCUUGUAAGAAGUAAGGAGACUGUUGCAGCUUGUGAUGAUUUCUUCCUUUCCUCUCUUGGACAAAUGUUGCUAUAUUUAGCAAGUAGCAGAGCUACUGAAAUCAUUCCUGGUAUAUUGUUGGUUUGUGUUGUGUGGAGUUGUUGUGAUGCCACAAGGUCUGGUUGUGUUACUACCAUUGUGAUAUUACAGAGACCACAAGUCUUAAUCUUGCGUGUCUGUCUCAGUCGCCAAUAUGUAGGCACCAAAACUUCGGUCCCUGUCAUUUUGUAAAUACUUUAUAAUACGUUUAUCUCAAAGAUUUUUAUGUUUUUACUUACUGUUUAAAGUUGUCUGUGUUAUAACUGCAUAUUAUCUAUAUAUACGUACUCAUACUCAUUUUAUCAAGCUCAUGGAGUUCUCUAGUGUUGUAUAUAUUUUGUCCCUCAUUGUCAUGUUGCUGUACAACUUUACAGUUGCCAUGUUGGAGCCAUCAGGUGGAAUUUAGCAUAUUGGACACUUGCCAUUUCCAUUCUUCUUCCCUCAGGUUCAAGGGACAAUUCAAAAAGAUAAUUGUUGAUGGCUGUGGUUUUGGUUAAGCUCUUGGUGAUGUGUUCUGCUUGUGUUUCCUUGCUGUAAAAGAUACCAUGAUGUGUACUUAAGGUAAUAGUUUUAAUUUGUAUUCCAUUUGUGAAGUCACCGCCGGUGUACACACGAUGCACUACUUGGACUCACAUAGAAACUGAUUAGGCUCUUAGUUGGUAUGGUGAGACACCAUUGGCAUUUUGUAUGUCACUCAAUAGUUGCUUGAAGUUCAUUAGUAUUAGUUAAAAGUUCAUAGAUUUGAUGAAUUAUAGUCAUAUUUUUCUCCUUGAAAGGCGAUGUGCUUUAGGAGUCAAGCCAUCUCCUUCAGUGUGGGUUAUCCGGCUAACUUUUCACGUUAAUUCCAGGAGACUUCUUGUAACAAGGCGCGUAAAUGUUGUUCUUAUGGACGUAAUAAUGAUGCUUCCUUUAUGCAUUUGUCUCGCAAGACCAAGCUGAUGGUCCGAUAAUGUCUGAAGCUUUUCCAUAGUUGUAAUUUGUCAAUUUUUCUCAUUAGGUAGCAGUGAGGAAAAUUCGUAAAAAUGUGUAGAAAACGUUUGUAAAAGGAAAUUAUAAUUUUCACUAUAGUGAAUGUAGUUUACAAAUUGUUAUUAUUAUUUUCAAGAUGUGGUUAGUCAGUACUUUUAGCUUACUGUUGUGCUUCACCAGAGCUGCCAGGGACCAGUGGCAUGCCACCUCUGCUGGGGAACAUUUGAUCGAGGUCUUCCUUUUUGCCUCCUGCCUUGGAGCGCCUCGCCGUGACUUUCCCAAUCAUGCAGGGGAGAAUGAUGAACCAAACUUACCUUUAGUCACUGGAGUGCACCAUGACUUUCUCUGCCAUUGGUGGGGGGCUGGCUGGGUGGGCACUCCUGCCUUCAGGAUGCCUGGUGGGGACCCUUUGGUUCACCUCUUGGUUCAGGCUUAUGUUCCACUUGAGGCUCAAUGUUCCUUUGGUUUCUGAAAUUGUAUAGUUUGUUAGUCAUCUUGCUUAUGGGUUCCCAACACGUGAGUUCAGUGUUUACUCAGUGCAAGACAAUUUUAUAGGAAUCAAAUUUGAAAAAUAAAAGAUGAAAACCCACAUGUUGAAGGAAUGACAACUUUUCUGAAAUUUGAAUGGUCAUGAUUUUGAAAGCUUUCUUUUCCAAGUGUUAGCAAAGAAUUGUUGUUCAGUUUACCCUGAGACAAUUUCAAAGGAGAACUGAGAGGCUGUCAUAUGUACCAUUAUUAAAGAGUGAACAUCAUUCCCGUCAUGACCCAUCCAGAACUGCAACAGAUUUAUAUAAAAAAAAACUAAAGAUAUAAAUGAUUACAUAAUACUUAAAUAUAUAUGAAAUUAUGUAAUAUUGAAAUAUUUGAACUAUAUAUUUUUUGUACUAAAAGAGACCUAAGGGAAUUUUUUUCAUUUAAAGCAAGGAUUUGGUGGCUAAGCUUUACCUUUGAAAAAAUGUCAUUUACAACUGAGAGGAAAAUGUUUCUUCAAGGUUUCUUUUGUACUAGCCGAAGUGUAAUCUUCCAGAUACGGCCUGAGGAGUGUUGUAUUAUCAUUUAAUAUUUGUAAAGCUCCUGCAUUGCAUCACAGGCAGACAAGGACCGACCGGAGUGCCAUUUUCAUAUCCAACAUGGUUGCUACGUCGUCACAUCCCAUGUUUUCUAGAUAAGUACAUACUAGAAAAAAAUAAAUGUCUUAGAUUUCCAA